GAAGGGAGGAACAACCAAACCCUUGUAGCACCAUUUGGAGAGUUCUCACUAGAUGGAGUAUGCCAAAACAGCAGAAUAUUGAAAAAAAAAAACACAAGAUGAAUGUGGUAACAUUGAGAAAGCAUUCAGAAGG